AUGCGCUGGAUCCCGGACAGAAGGGAGAAAUUUCAGCAGCGCCCCCAGCAAAUGCUCCAGCCACAGGCACCCCUACGCCUGGGACCUCUGCUCCACGAGAAGGUUCACGGAGCCAGUACCCGAGUCCUAAUUUCCCCCCACCGCGUGGGGAACUCGAGGUCCCCCGCGCCCCGCGUCCGGCACCUGUCCCUGCUGCCUCCUGAUUGGCCGCACGGCGAGCGCUGGCGGCGCCCGGCUGUGAUUGGCGGGAAGUUCACAGCCCUUGGCUGGACGGUGGAGAAAGUGAGUCGGCCUCCGGCGGGGGUGGGGGCGGGGACAGGGGCGGGGCCGCGGCGAGCCGGACUCGCUGGACAGACCGCCCGCCCGGAGCGGGACUCGGCGCCCGACACGAUGCGGAGGCCUGGCACCAGCGGCCGCCGCCCCCUCCUGCUGGUGCUGCUGCUGCCGCUCUUCGCAGCCGCCGCCUCCGCCGCCAGCCCCAGCCCCAGCCUCACCCAGGUCGUCGAGGUCGCAGGGGUCCCCAGCCGCCUGGCCAGCGUUGCUGCUUGUCGCUGCUGCCCAGGCCAGACGUCUAGGAGGAGCCGCUGCAUCCAAGCCUCCUGCAGGGUCCGAAACUGCCAGCCCAGAAAGUGUGCAGGCUCCCAGCAGUGCCUGAACCCAUUGCCUGCAGUGCCCAGUCCCAGCCCCAGCGUGAGGAAGAGACAGGUGUCCCUGAACUGGCAGCCACUGACGCUGCAGGAGGCCAGAGCUCUACUGAAGCGGCGGAGGCCCCGGGGGCCCGGGGGCCGGGGACUACUGAGAAGGAGGCCCCCACAGCGUGCCCCCGCUGGCAAGGCCCCGGGGCAGAAGAGGAUCAACUUUAGCUGUCUACCCAAAUGCGGCCCCCACUACUCUUAA